AUGGAUGGCAAAGUCACUGCCGAGGACAUGACGAGCUUGGCCAGCAUCCCCCCACCAGCACAACCCACGUCGUCAUCAUCAUCACUGCAAACAACCCCUGAACAAUCCUCAAGGAAGAGAAGAUGGUCAUCGUCCACUUGUCCAACCUCGAAGAAACUCAGAAGGGCCUCUGACCAAAUUGAUGACAGGGCAGUCAUGCUGAGACCCGAUCGCUGGCAUCAAGUGGCAAGUCGAGUGUGGGUGGGAACCCCUCCUUUGACCAUAGGCCCACUGCACCGUGAUCACCAGACUCAAGGUACUGCUCCAGUGGGAACACAGCAGGAUGACUGCGACGAGGGUGCCACAGAGGAUCCAUCCUUGGAUGAGCCAGAUGCUGCUGGAUCCAUGCUGGAGGAGUUACCUGAUGCUGCUCUUCCUCCCUUGGAUGCAUGCCAGGAGGAUACAUGUAUGUUAGACAAUCUGUACUCUCAAUGCCUGCUGAAAGAGCUGCUCUCUGAUGGGUGGGAGUGGGAUGCUGAUUCGAUGCCAGAAGACCUGUGGAUGGGACAGGAUGGACCAAGUGGGGGUGUGAUGGUAGUAGAAUCACAGGGUGUUGGAUAUGAACAGCAAACAUCGCAACGCUCUCAAGUGCCUGGUACUAGCAGCAACCACACUUCUCAGUCAGACCAUCUGCUGGGGACCCCUGAUCACACGAUGCUGAAUCAUUACAUAGGAUAUCAAUAUUGGAGCCAGGAAUGGCAGAAUGAAUAG